AUGAGCGGUGCAGGUGAUGAUCGGUGGAGAGGCGGCGGACGGGGGUUUGACCAGAAUCGCCAGUCCGGACAGCGACACCAGGGCGGAAACAUGCGUGACCGGUCGAUGGGCUCCCAUCAACAUGACCGCCACGUGCACCGGGGCUAUGGCAACCAUGCAAAUGCGACUAAUUCCUGGGGCCCGCCGCAUGGGGGCCCUGGGGGAGCUGCGGGGCCUGAGGGACCUCCUCAGGAACAGCAUGUCCCCGUAAGAUUCUUCAACGCUGCGGAGUCGAAAGACGCGCUCAAACAAGGAUGUCAAAGUGUCGGCUCGCGAGCACCGUUCGUUUAUAAACCCGUCGGCAAGGAUGCGAAUAAUUCCCGGGCAAGUGGCCCCUGGGGUGCGAGACCAAACUGUAUGACUAAUGGCAAGGAUUUCUUCCUCGAGCUUCGAAAGCAAGUGUCAGCCUUACGGCAGGGUGGUAACAACGCUGCGGGCGGCUGA